UGCGCGCGGGCGGGAGGCCGUGGCGGCGGCAGGGCCGGGGCCGGGCUGAGCGGUGGGGCCCUCCCGCAGCGCCCGCCGCCGGCAGCCCGCGGGGCUUCGCCUUGCCCCGGAGCGAGCUUCGGCCCCGGCGUUGGUGUGCAGCCCCCGGUGUCGGCAAGGAGCUUUUAAACGCAGGGGCGUAGCCAUCGGACGCGAUGUUUAAAUUAAUUAGCAACAUGUUCGGGGACUGCCAGGCUUUCUUAGUUCUCCUUCGGUAAUUACUCUUUAAGGGCAAGUUUUUGCCGUUGUGUCCCCUCCUGGGUGAUGUAGCUGGAUAAUGUUUCCUUAGCUUGUCUAAGGGCACUGUCAAAAGCCUUGCAAACGUCAAAUUUAUAUCACUCCCACCUUUUCCUGUAUCCAUUAGGCCAGUUUUGUCGUCAAAGAUUGGUUUUGUUACAGGCUGUUCCUGAACAACCCGUAUUAGCUACUUAUCAUGUGCUUGCCAGCUGAGCAUUCACAGAUCGACUGCUUAAUAAUUUGUUGCAGCAUCUUUUCAGGGGCUGAAGUCAGCUAACAAGUCUCGGCUUCCCUCAGCCCCCCGCCUCCCCUCUUUCGGGAAUAUGUGCUAGUCUGCCUCUCCUAGCCUCUCCGAGGUCGCAGACAUCACUUCAGUCCCUUCUGUAACCAUCAAGGGUGGAUUUCGUGAGUGCCUGCUGACUUAAAAAAAUCUUUAUCUUAUCUUUAUCUUUUACUCUUUAACUUAUGUCUUUCUACUCUGACCUGACCUUCUGUCUCCCUGUAAAAUGAAUUUCAUUAAAUAUCUAGUCACAAUUAACCUUUCUGCUAAAGGUUGAAGUAGAGAAGGCAUUUAAUACUUUCAGCCUAUUUUUGUAUCACCUGUGAUUUGUUCCUUUUUCCUCUUAAGUAAUGAACCUUGUCCUGCCCUUUCUUUUUAGGGUAUUGGUAGAACCUUUGCUUGUUAUCCUUUAUGUCCUUUACUAGUUGUAACUCAUUUUUGUGCCUCCACUAUUCUGAUUGUAUCCCUACAUGGUAGCAGUGUCUCACUUGCUCAUCCUUAGCUGCCUGCCCUUUUUUACUUUUUGUGUGAUUUUUUUUUUCCAGAUCAUUAAAGCACUCCUGAUGCAGUUAUAGCAGUCUUACACACUCUCUCUCCUGAAUUGCCAUUGUGCAUUUAAUACAGCACCUUCCAGCUUUCCCAAAUUCUUCUGUCUCUUGGACUAUUUGCCUAAGAAUCAUGCCUACCUUUCCCUGAUGUUGUUUUUGAAGUCCAUUAGUUUUAUUCUGUUCUUCACACUCUACUUUCCUUAGAACAGGCAGUGAGGACCUCUGGCUAGUGGGCCAAAUUCAGUUCACCACAGCAAUUCAUCAUAUUCUACUCCUUGAUGCCCCCUUUCCUAAGGAUCUUUCAGACAAAAACUUAAAGUACGCUGAGGUAUGGUUUAUUGAUACUGGUAGCCCUUUUCCUCAUGGAACUCCCCUUUCUAUCCCAAAGUUUUGCAGGACCUUCAUAUCACAUGGCAUGAACUGAAAUGUGCCUCUGUAGUCACACGGCAGAUGCAUACGUAUUCUGUUGUACCCACUUGAUGUAUAUUUCUUAUCUGAUGAAAAUGCAGCCAUUUUCAUUGUGUUCCUGGAUGUGCCCAAAUCAUGGUACAGGAAAUGCUAGUAUUUUGCUUGUGUGUUGGAUGUCCUUUUGGUCAUGUGGUAAGAAAGAAGUUGAUGUUUUUUCAGUGUAUGCAUAAAAGUCUAUAUUGUCUGCCUCCACCAAAAAGAAUCUUUUCUUAGGGUACUGAUUUUGUGGUUACUUUCACAUUGUUUUCCAUCUUUAGAGUCCUAAUCCAAUUUCAGUGAGUUCCUUCCUUCUAGUCAGAACUGAAAUGUAAAGCAGCCUCCUCCAAUAUCUGAAGCACCAAGUUACUCUCAACUGUGAGAAAUUGUUUACCAUACAUACUGUAUUUCUAGCUGUUGGCUGGGUAAAGUCGUCUACUAACCAUUAGUUGCCAUUAUAUCAGGAUUAGCUCUUGGUAGGUUGUUCAGGAAGAGCUUCAUCUAGCUCCUCCUUCUCAUGUCAUCUGCUGUUGAUACCUCCCAAACGACAUUCUGAUGCUUUCUCUUUGUGCCUUCUCAAUCAACUUGCCUUUCCUCAUUGCUUCCUUAAUUUCAGAGGUCAUAUAGACAUUGUUGUUAUAUGAUGCAGAACCACUUCCAGUUUCUCCCUUUCUGCCCUUCCUGGAGCAAGCUCCAUCUUUCUAUACCAGCAUAUUUAUCCUAUGGUUUGUUUCACCAGGUUGCCAUACUGAUUAGGUCAUAACUAUAGUUUCAUAUGAAGACUUCCUUCCUGUUGGUUUUGGUUUUGUUUUGUUUUUUAUGUCUAGCUGAGAUAUUCAGAAGGCUGCCUGGCUGUUUUUCUCUUUGCCCUUGAUACAGCUUUCCUGCAGUUUUGUGUCCUCUCCUCUCCAAAGCUACAGCAGUAUUUCUUUUAAUUAUCUGUGAGCCUUAGCCACUGCUCCUCUUUAAAGCCUCUGUUACUCCAUUAGUGAAUUCGAGUCCUAAAACUGUUUUCACUGUUACAUGAAAACUAUCUCUUCCUACCAUUAACUUUUCAUAGAAUACUGUCCCAUGUGUUUGCCUCCAGGAUUUGUCUUCUCUGCCUGGUCUUUUCCCUCGACAGAAAAUACUGUUCAGCAUAUUUGUGACCUAUGUCCUUGAACCUUUACCUUUGCAUUCAUAGUAAAUCCUGAUAUGUCCAGGGUCAGACCUAGCAGCAUCAUUAGUGAUCCGAGGAAAAGGCCUUGGCAGGCUUUCCUUGUCAUCUUUGCCAUUGGAUCCAUAUGGGCAGCCCAUUUCCCAGGCUGACAGGUGAGUAUGUCGGAUGGUUUUGUCUGCCUUCUUUCUUGGCCAAUAUAUUUUUUUUUCUGCUCAGAACUGCUUAAGAGUACUUGGAACUUACAAGGAAGCAGACAUGGAUGGGGAAAAAAGCCUUCCAAACCAUCCAAGCCAUUCCGCUCACGGACCUGCUUUCUGAGUAUUUCUGUCAACAAUUAGCUCUUAGUGUCUUAAUUUGCCAUGUACAGGCAAGCUACCUUCCCAGCCCGUCCAGACCAGGACCUCAGCAGAGUUCCUCUACAGCAAGGAUGCUGUCCAGGCAGAGUCCUCCACGUAUGAGCAGAAGGGAAGAGCUAGGAGCAGUGCUGGCAAUUUGUUAUUUUCCACAUAUUUAAAAACUUUUUUUAUAAUGAACAUUUUCCCUCUCUUCUGUUAGUUUCUCCCUUACAGUCAGAUCUUUGUUAAUGUCAACAAAACAGAAGAAAUAUUAGUUGACAGUGUCCACUCUGUUAUCAGACAUCUUGCAGAACAGAAAUUUAGGAUUUGCCAUGCAAGAUGAUAUCAUAAGACCAUUAAAUAUGGCAGACAGCCACUCUCCCAGUAAUGGUCACUGAUAUGACCAAAACCAAGACGUUGAAGAAAUCAAGAAUCAUGCAACCAAAACAAGUGUCCCAAUACUUUGUUUCUAUGCUCAUAGGGCAUAGGGAGAUUACUACUUUGAUCCCUAUGGAUGAGAAACUGAUCAAUGAAAACAAUUCAGUGACUUGUGAGAUAAGCAGUCAUUCUUCUGGGGUAAUGAGAAAGGCUGUUUAAAAAAAACAAAAAAAAAACAAAAAAAAACAAAAAAAAACCAAAAAAAACCCCAAAAACCCAAAGAUCCAUCUAACUACUUGCCUGACUAUGAGUAGAAACGAUUUGAAUAUUGACUAAGAAAGUUUAAAAAGUAGAUAUUCUCUUCCAGACUUCCAAAAUCAGCUACAGUGGCACCCAAGAAAAGAAUUCAAGGAACGUAACAGUCCAGAAAGUGUUCAGUGUAUAUGCCACACAACACUGUUUCAGUGUGGUAUUCCUGAUGCUUUGUGCUUGGGAGCAUUGCCUUAAAGAUAUCAAGCUCUUUUGGUUUUCCUGCUGUGUUUCAAUUGGUAAUUGUCAAAGCAUCUUAUAGGGCAGUCUCUGAAGCUUCUAAUCCUGGUAUAACCUCUGUUACAGACCUUCAUUUGUCACAUACACGUUUCCUAUCAUAAUAAUAGGAUACCAUAGGAAUAACCUGCAUAAGCUUGUAAUGUAAUCUAGCUACCAUGAACUCACUGUCCAUAUAACAGUAACAAACCGGUUAUAUCUAUCCUCUAAUAUUUUCUGCAGUUACCUAGUUUUCCAGAUGUGUUUAUUCUCAUUAUUCCAUUGACCAAUAGCUUCAGGAGCACAAGGUUAUCUUCUGGUCCAAUAUUCUGGUAUAGCUGAAGAUGGGGAAUGGGAGAAGAUGGAAAAAUUAUUCAGAGAAGCUAAGAAAUCAUUGUAGGUUUGGUGCGUUGGAAGUAUGGAAUCAAUCUCUAUGAUGGGAAGUCCUAAGAACCACAAUGAAACUUUUUUACCAAAUGUUGCCAAUGGCAUCAAGGAUGCCAGUAAGAUCACAAUAGGUAUCAUUGGAAGUGGAGACUUUGCCAAGUCAUUGACCAUUAGGCUCAUCAGAUGUGGGUACCACGUGGUUGUGGGAAGCAGAAACCCUAAGCUUGCUGCUGAGUUCUUUCCCCAUGUGGUUGAUGUCACUCAUCACGAAGAUGCAGUAGCAAAAACAAACAUCAUUUUCAUAGCCAUACACAGAGAACAUUAUGCCUCUUUGUGGGACCUCAAGCAUUUACUUGUUGGUAAAAUUCUGAUUGACGUCAGCAACAAUACAAGAGUAGACCAGUAUCCAGACUCCAAUGCAGAGUACUUGGCAUCGCUUUUCCCAGAUUCCCUGAUUGUCAAAGGAUUCAAUGUCAUUUCAGCUUGGUCAUUGCAAUUAGGACCAAAGGAUGCCAGCAGACAGGUCUAUAUAUGCAGUAACAAUGUUCCAGCUCGCCAUCAAGUUAUUGAGCUUGCCCGGCAGCUCAGCUUUAUUCCUAUUGAUUUGGGGGCACUGUCAUCUUCAAGGGAGAUUGAAAAUUUACCUCUGCGACUGUUCACGCUGUGGAAGGGACCUGUAGUGAUGGCCAUUAGCCUGUCAACAUUUUUCUUCAUCUACUCCUUCAUCAGAGAUGUAAUCCAUCCAUAUGUGAGAAAUCAGCAGAGUGACUUUUACAAGAUCCCCAUUGAGAUUGUGAACAAGACUUUACCGAUUGUUGCUAUCACUUUACUCUCUCUAGUAUAUUUAUCAGGACUUAUUGCAGCUGCUUAUCAGCUUUACUAUGGUACUAAGUAUAGGCGAUUUCCACCUUGGCUGGAGAGCUGGCUGCAAUGUCGAAAGCAGCUUGGACUGCUCAGCUUUUUCUUUGCAACAGUUCAUGUGGCAUACAGCCUCUGCUUACCCAUGAGGAGAUCAGAGCGAUACUUGUUCCUCAAUAUGGCAUAUCAGCAAGUUCAUGCAAAUGUUGAAAAUUCUUGGAACGAGGAAGAAGUGUGGCGAAUUGAAAUGUAUAUCUCCUUUGGAAUAAUGAGUCUUGGAUUGCUUUCUUUGCUGGCAGUAACUUCAAUCCCUUCAGUAAACAGUGCCUUAAACUGGAGGGAGUUCAGUUUUAUUCAGUCUACACUUGGAUAUGUUGCUCUGCUCAUAAGUACUUUCCAUGUACUGAUUUACGGGUGGAAAAGAGCCUUUGAAGAAGAAUACUACAGAUUUUAUACACCACCAAAUUUUGUUCUUGCCCUUGUUCUGCCUUCCAUUGUAAUUCUCGGUAAGAUCAUUUUACUUUUGCCAUGUGUAAGCAGGAAACUGAGGAGAAUUAGAAGAGGAUGGGAAAAAAGCCAUAUUAUGGAAGAAGCAAGUGGGUCUGUUCCACAUCUCUCCCCAGAAAGGAUAACUGUGAUGUGAUGAUUGACUAGUAUUUGUUCACACUGUUGUAGAUGGUAUGGUGGUUCUUUUUUUUUAUUAUUAUUUUUGUCUUAAAUUUUCAGGAAUUUAUCUAAUGUAUGAGUAAAGUCACUGUGGACUUGCUUGGCAUAUAGUACAAGCUCUCAAUCAAGCUAUGAGAAAUUUAUAACUACAAACCUACUACUUCAGAUAACUACAAAAAUAUUUUUGUUUUAAAUCAUAGGGGGCAGAUGAUAAUGAAGUCAAAAUUUUUAAUGCUCUUUUGCACAGUUUUAUCACAAAAAUAUUUUGUUAUAACUAUGCUUUCCAGAAAUUUCUUUGACUCAGAGCAUGUGUGCCAAAGUGCUAUUUAUACCAUAUUUUCUGGGCAGUGUUUCUUUUAUUAAAACCACACUUUUUGGUUAGUGAGUUAAGAAUAUGCACUGAAAGAGUUAAUAAUUCAGGAAAUAAUCAGGUUUUGAAACAACAAAAUAAUUUGUAAUGAUGUAUUGCACAUGUACAGUAUAUUUUUGUGUGGUUUUACACCAUUCCAUGAUUUGAAUAUGUAAGAAUUUCAAUUCCAUUCCAUGAUUUGAAUAUGUAAGAAUUUCAAUUAUGGUCUAAUUAUGCAUCUUAUAACAAAAAUGUUUAAUGCUAACAGGGGCUUUUUUUCAAAGUCUCACAUAGGGUGGGGUUUUUUUUGUUUUUGUGGUUUUUUUGUUUUUGGGGUUUUUUUUUUUUUAAGACCUUUAAGAUCUCUCUAUUUUCAUAUGAGUAAUAAAGGAAAAUUCAAAGCAGUGUUAUACAAAUGUAGAAAGACUUGCAGGAACAAGCAACUAAUGUUUGCUUUUAGAAUGAUUUGGAAAUGCCAGUAUGUAUUUUAAAACAAAAACAUACUGAGAAGUCUGCAACAAUAAAAAUCCACUAAAAAUCCACUUUCACUGUGAAACUUCCAGUAUCUUGAUACAAUAGGCAAGCAUCACAACACUCAUGUUCUUUGUUUCUACACUGGAGUUUCACUUAUUGUAUAUGAAUUUCCCAGUCUGUCUUAAAAUCUUAGUAUCUUUUUGUGCAAAUACAAUCUUCUAUUUUUAUAUAAAAGUCUUACUUUUACAACAAGUAUCUGUGGGAUAUGCCUGAACUUUUGAGAAACAAAAUUAAUAUUCUUAUACCUCAGAACUUUAAAUAUAUUGGUGACUCGUCGAAAUGAAAAUUUACUUCUAAAACUUGGCAUUUGCCUUUCCUGUGGGAUUCAAAAGAACAUUCAAAAUUACUUAUUACUAUUGAUUUAUCAGGUUUUAUUCUUCUCUAACAAAAUAGCCAAGCUCAACUCAUAUCCCUUCAGGCUAGUCCUGCUAAAUCAGUGAAACUUUUAGUUCAGUGAAUGAGAAUGUGUAUUUGGUCCUGAUUUUCUUUACUUGUAUACAAUUAUAUUUUUCUUACCUAUUUUUGCACUAUUUAGGAACUCUGACUUAAUUUAGCAGGAUUUUCACCUAUUAUUUAUUUGUUUGCAAGAAUUUGUCAUCAUAUGAUACAUGUCAGAAAUACAGGCUGCUUAAGCAUGAGUUUACCCUUGAACAUCUAGUUCUGUAAAUCUCAUUACAGCUGUUUACAAUGAAACCAGUAGCUCCACAGAACAUGAAUAGAGUCAAACUCUGCCCUCAGUUACACCAGCCUACACCUAAAGAAUUCAUGUCAUUCAUUCUUAAUUUCAUUUCAAACUCAAAGUAUCGGCCACAAUUUUAUUUUCAUCAUAGUAUACAUAUUCCCCAAACUUAUACAUCAGGCCCAUUUAUUUUUAGUUUGUUGCAGUCAAGAGACAUUUGGAAUUUUUUUAUCUCAAGCACAUCCAAAUCCAAAGAUGAAAUGAAAUUUUCUAAGUCAAACAAAAUAAAAUAUUUACAUGCAAAAAAAUUGGUUUUAAAUGUCUUUAAACGUACUUUGUAUGUAAUAAGAGGCUAAUAAAUUCUUUUUUCAAUGAAAAUAGAGGUUUAUGAAAAUAUUUUGAGGGAAAAAAUUCAACUCUAUGUCUGAAAAAAAUAGUGGGUUUUUUUAAUAUUCACAAAUUUUUCAUUUCAAAUAGAAAAUUCACUUUUAUCCCCUUUUUAGCUACAGGGGAAAGAAAAGUGAUUUGAAAGAGAAAAUUCAUUUUCUUUCACCAUUUUCUGAAAAUCAUAAUAACAGCUACAAUUGCUCAGACUAGGAUCCACUGAAACUUGUCUCCAAUAGUAAGCUAGUGGCAGAUGCUUCCAAAAAGAGAGCAUGUAUACAAUGAUUCUUCCCCUGACAUAACCUCUCAGAAAUUUAGGACUUCUUUGAGACAAAUGCUCCCUCUGCUCUAUUGUAUUUAGUAGCUACUUCCAAAAAUUUAUCUAACUUUUUAGAAAUUUUAAACUGUGGACACUUCAAAAAUUGGCACUGUAAAUGUGAUAAAAGAGAAAAUACUGAUCUUUCCACUUAUCGUAUUUUACAUUUUCAUUUUACAUUUCCAGUUUUAUCUGGGAAAAGAGAGAAAAGGCAAAAGAGAGAAAAAGAUCACAUAAGUUUAGUAAACCUAUCAAACGAAUAAAAAAAAUUACUUGCAUUCUUUCUUUUUUUCCACAAACGUAUCAGUUUUAUUUUCAUUAAUUUCAAGCUACUAAUCUGAUCGUCCUGUUUCCAAGAUACAGCUAUUUCAGUGAUGCAUGAGGUGCUACAUAAGCAUAGUGCUAUUUUAUCAAGCGUACUAGAUAGUAAGUAAAAGACAUUGUCAUUCUUGGAGACAGACAGGAACCUAAACCAGUAGCAAUGUGACUUUCACAUAAAAAUAGAGAACAAGUGAUAAUCACAACUUUUAACUUACUCUGACUGUGUGUCAAUACAUUCCAGUGCAGAAAGCUGUGUAUUUCUUGAAAGGCUUGCAGGAUUACACAUGACUGAAUUUUCUAGUCUGUGUUUCCUCUUUCAUUAUUUCAGAGGGAGACCACACAAAGCUUAGGCAUGUGUGCUCCAAUUCUUUAAAUAAAAUUAAUAGAAAAGAUGUUCAUUAACAUAAAUAGUUCAACGAGUACUAUUCUCUUGAUUAUAAUUACUCAUGUAGAUAGGUCUUUGCAGGAAUAUUUGCUCAUGGGUAGUCUGAGAGGAAUUUAAUCUUCACAAAUGCAUUGCAUUGUUUGCAUAAAACUCUCAAUUCUUUCACAUUAGUUUCAUGUUAGAGAAAACAGCAUAUAUGAUUUAUAUUAGAAUAUACAGAGUCUUGGAGAAUUAUAAUUAGAUAAAUGCUAUGCUGUAUCUGCCCCACUCCUAUGCGUGGAUUAAAAUCACUAGAAUUGGAGGGUUCAAUUGAGAGCAGAGCUUCAUACCUCUGAAUAAAUUUAGAGGAGAAACCAUUGCUGGUUGACAAUCUGAUUAUAUUUAAAAAUUAAAAACACUGCUAUUAUUUUAUAGUAAUUCUACACCUCUGUAAAAUAGAUCAUUAACAUUCAUCUUCCCUAAAAUAAUUUAAUUCUUGUUUGAUGCAAUAGUGAUAAUGUUGCAGAACUAAGAUACUGUAGUAAUUAAAUAUUACUGUCAAAGUCCAUAUAUUUUUACUGUCUCAUGCAACCACUUAGUAUAUAGAGAAAUGUAUUUGCCCUGUUUCCUAUGCAAAAAAAAAAAAAAAAAAAAAAAAAAUCACCAUUAAAUCCUUCAAGAAUGUUUAAACUUAGAUUUUGAACUGCAAGAGGUUUCUGGAAAAAAUAGUGAGGUGUUCCUUUUUUCAAACUGUGGGUGUAUGAAAUUAAAAAUGUACUUUGAUUUUUAUAAGUUACAUGAUAGGUUGAAAUGUUAAAGUAUAAAUAUUAAAAUAUAAAUAGAUAAUAUUUUUAGAUCACAUAUAUAGAGACAUUUUGUGAAAUAUCUGUGCUACAAAAUGAUAUAUGGUUCCCCGUUAGGCCAUAUAUUUAUUUCUACCUGGAAUAACAAGUUGACUUGCAAUUUAAUCUUUUGUAGCUUUCUUUAUUUUAAAGACCAGUUCUGUGUAAGAAGAAGACACUAACUCUGAAAGUGAGAUGACACUCAUGCAUUUACUACACAUUAUCUAUCAUAUCAUGUAAACGUUUAGUCACAUAAGGAAUCUUUAUCCACAUGAUUAAGCAAACACAAUGAUGUUUAUGGAAGGACUUGCAUAAGAGCUUCUCAUUGGAGUCAAGAUUUGAGGAAAAAGUCCUGGGGCUAAAAGUCCAGUGUUGAUUGCCUAAAAAUAAGCAACUAAAUUCAUUUGGACUUCUUAGUUACCUAGGAGAAUAAAUACAUAUUUAGAGGAAUAGCCUGCUGUGAAAAUGUUUGUGUAGCAUUAUAUGAAUUGCUUACUGACUGUAGGGAUGCCCUGCCUAAUGUGAAAAUAACCUUCACUUCUCUUCAUUAGUGUUCCAUAAAAACAAAAUAGUGCUUAAUAUAUAAUGCAGAACUUUACACAUCAUAUUAGAAAAUGGAAACCUCUAUGCAUUAAACCACUGUAAUGAUAUUUAGCAAAAUGUUGUUUGUUUUCUAUGGAUAUUAAGGUAUUUUUUCUUAGCAUUGUUUAAAAUAUAAUUCUAUUAUGGAUUCCGUAUUUGUCCUUAAUUUUUAUCCUACAGUUCUAUUAACCGUGGCAACUAUGUACAAGUUAAUUAACUCCCCAUGUUCUUGAAUUAGGUUAAUUAUUUGAGAUUCUUCUUUCUGUUUUGUAAGUUCUUUGCCUAUCUCGCUUGUGGUAAUGUUUGCUGUAACUUGGUGCCAUGUUUAACUUUUCGUUAUAACAUUGUGCAUUAUAUGAUGUACCAACAUGAGAAAAUAUAUAUAUUUUUUUAUUUGACAUUAGCUAUAAAAUAUUAUGUAUGUGUCCAUAUGUAAUUAGCUAUACAUGCUGCCCGACUAGUAUUAAGGAAAAUUAUUAAUUAAUAUAAGGCAACAACUUCCCAAGUGGCUAUAAAUUUCAGAGGUAUGAAUGUAGUUAGGAAACAGCAUUCCUCUGAAUGUGAUAAAUUCAAAGCUAAAUAUAUCAGGUGCAUAAAGAUUAGAUAGGCUGACUUUCUCAGUAUAAAAUUUUUAACGGUACAGAUGAAUACAUGCAGUGGUAGUAGAUGCAUAUGCAUAGUUCCUUUCAGACAGUGCAUCUCCUAAUACAGAAGUUUUGAUUCACUGGAUGUUCAUCCUGCAGUAUUUUCUAUAAAUGUAAUGAAUAACGUUGCAGUAUUGAUAUUGUAUCUUUAUAUGAUACUGCUUGAAUUACCUAGAUUUCAGCCUUUAAAAUAAAGUGACAACUGAGCUCACUUGAACAGUGAUCUCUCCCAUUAUAUAGUUUCUCAUGCUAUGCUGGCAGUGUCUUGCAGUGAGCAUAUGUCCUCCAUGUGCAGUGUUUUCCUGGUAUUCUCUUUGUAGUUGUGUAUUCAGACUUUGUUGAUUUGUUUGUGUUGUCUCUCUGAACAGGGCUAUUAUAAAUUACUAGUAAUGCUUUUACCUAUUUUUCCAUAGACUCUGUUUUACACAAAAAUCAAUAAAAAGUUGGUGUCAGA